UCCCGUGCGCUGCGACCGAACGCCUUUUUAAUUUUCUCAUUCCCAUCCAACCCAACCCAUCUGAGGAUCUGCUUAGGAAGGCAAUAGACAUAUUGUCGAGGCAAUCAUGCAGAUCUUCGUGAAGACCCUCACGGGUAAGACUAUCACCCUUGAGGUGGAGUCUUCCGACACCAUCGACAAUGUCAAGUCCAAGAUCCAGGACAAGGAGGGCAUCCCCCCCGACCAGCAGCGCUUGAUCUUCGCCGGCAAGCAGCUCGAGGACGGCCGCACCCUCUCCGACUACAACAUCCAGAAGGAGUCCACCCUCCACCUGGUCCUGCGCCUGCGUGGUGGUAUGGCCAAGAAGCGCAAGAAGAAGGUCUACACCACCCCCAAGAAGAUCAAGCACAAGCGCAAGAAGACCAAGUUGGCCGUCCUCAAGUACUACAAGGUCGACUCCGAUGGCAAGAUUGAGCGUCUCCGCCGCGAGUGCCCCUCCGACACCUGCGGUGCCGGUGUUUUCAUGGCUGCCAUGAACGACCGCCAGUACUGCGGCCGCUGCCACCUCACCUACGUCUUCGACAAGAAGGAAUAAACUCCUUUCAACGGAUUCGUGGGUCGCGAUGGGAACGGAAUGGAACACAAAAAAUGACACUUUGGGAGGAUUCGGUUCAGGGUUAGCAUUCUAGUCGGCAGGAAGCCGCAACAAAAGGGGCGUUGAUGUAGCAUGCACGCAUCACUUGGCUGGCAAUGACGAAGCAAAAUUUUACGACACUUGACCCUCUCACACUGUUCUCCUUGAAUGCAUUGAGUUGUGACUAAACUUGGUAUGCGGUGUGAAGAUGUAAUCGUACUUUUGACGAUUCAAAGGAGAAGAAAACCCUUCAACAUUAUGAACAUGAUCUUUUCC